AACAGUACAUCGAAAGACACUGAACGGGAAGCACGGUUCGUCAGUAGGGAAGCAAAAAAUUCCGAAUCCUCGGAGGAAUUGUACAGUUGGUUUUACCACCCUAUACUGCUGCCUCCUGCCCGAAUCCGUAUCAACGUAUCAAGUAACGAAACACAAAUUAUAAAAACAACCCGAAGCCACUCGAAAUCCGUUAGUACUGUUUGGACAUCGCGAGUGAAAACAUCUCCCAAGUUCAACCAAAUUUGACUUGGCUCAACACCAACAGUAGCACACGAGGGUGUCGUCGAUAAACCACGUGCCAUACAGAGUUCAAGGACGCGUGCGCAAUGUCCACCGUGGGAACGCAGAUUCCGGGCAGCGUUGAGGUUCGUCCUGUUGACACUGAUCCUCAGCCAAACACGAGCUUUCUACAGCUCGCGAUGACGGCUUUGCGCCUCACAACAAGCGCAGCGGCAGCAGCAAACGUAACCAAGAAUUCCAGCAUCAGCGAUCGGAACAACAACACCGUGCGACACAGGAAGCAAUACACGCUGGAUGAGGUGUCCUAUCACGAUACGUUCGGGGACUGCUGGAUAGUGCUGUACGAUAGGGUUUACGAUAUUUCCAACUUUCUACAAGUGCACCCCGGAGGACACGACGUUCUUAUGGAGCACGCCGGUCGCGACGCCACAAUCGCCUUCACAGGACAUUCGCAGGCCGCCAUCGCAUCGCUGCAGCUGUACGAAAUUGGAGAGCUGCCCCCGCAUGAGUGCAUCUACCGCUGCAUCGGAAAGUUGAGCGCUACAAUUAUGCCUGACUAAUGAGUGGCCAAUAAGUAUAAAACUCUUUACUGACUGAUAACUAUAAUGUGCUGAACUGGCUUCAGAGGAUUUCAAAUGAGUUAUAUAACAUACAUAGGACCAGUUGUUAUCUCUAGAAAAACCGUUUUUGGUCAUAGGUUUUUUGUUUGUUUUGUUUGCAUUAUUAUGAGAAGACACGUUAGAAUAAAUCUUGAUAUUUAUUCUGCAAUCAGUUUCGUUGGUAAAUAAAGCUUUUAAUAUGCGGUUAUGUUGUGCG